AUGAGUCAAUCAACAGCAAAAAACUUAAGGGAUUUGUUGAUUAAACAACAACUUAAUAGUAAAAUCAAAUUUAAAGGGGAACCAGUCAAUAAAAUACAACCAACUAGAAAAUAAUCUGGAAAUUGGGAUAAAAAAGCUGAUAUAUCUCAAUGCUCUUGUAAUUAAAAGAAUUGUACUGUGUGUAUGAAGAAAAGAGUAGUGAUUAAUGCUUCACCUCUUUUAAAAGUUAAGGUAGCAACUAAAAAUUAAGCUUGUGAUCAAGAUAGUAGAAGAGAAAUUAAAGUAACAAGUUCAGUUUCUGCUCAUUAAUCUCCUAACCGCGAGAAAUAGUAUUAAAUGCAAUAAAUGUUCUUACAAAAGUAAUUACAAAGUCACUUACAAUAAUUAUAAGAAUCUCGUCCAUAGUCUAAAUAAGCUCCUAAAGAACAAAGUAAAAAGCCAUAAUUUUAUCAUAAUAUGGAAAAUUUUUUAAAUAACUAUUAUCAAAAGGGAAAUUUAAGUAAUUCAUAGUUGUAUGAGAACAGUUAUAAUGUUAAGUCAAAAGUCAUUCCAAAAAGAAUUGAAUCAAAAAGUCAUGUUCUUAGCAACACUUAAACAUCUUUUAAAUUAAAACUAAAUCAACAAGGUCCUAAAUUUUCAGCUGUAUCUUAUUCAUUAAUAAAUUAGAUUAUCAAUUCUGGAUUAGUUGAAUCAGCUCCAAAUUCUCCAAAUAAUCAUGAAAAUUCUACAAAGAGCAAAAUUACUCCAAAUGAUUCUAUCUCGAAAAGUAAAAUCAAUUAAAAUGAUUCGAAAUCUAGUGAAAUCAGAAGAAAAUCUACAGGAGAAAUCUCUGAAAAAACUCAAGUUCUCGGCUUAAAAAUAGAUGAAUAGGUUGGUAGAUUACAUUUUAAAUUUCUAUAUGUUAUUGGAAAAGGAGGUUUUGGAAGAGUUUGGAGAGUAGAAAUGAAAAAGAAUAAAAAAUUAUUUGCUUUAAAAGAAAUGUCAAAAGCUAAAGUAAUAUAAAAAAGAAGUGUAAAUUCAGUGUUGAAUGAAAAAUAUCUUUUAGAACACUUGCAUCAUCCCUUUUUAGUUAAUAUGUGGUAUGCAUUUUAAGAUAGAGAAAAUCUAUUUUUAAUCAUAGAUCUAUUAACUGGAGGAGAUCUCAGAUUUCAUUUAGGUAAAAUGAGAAGAUUUAAUGAAGCAUAAACAAGUAUAUAAAAAUACAAAUAUUAUUAGAAUUUUUCGUUGCUUGUAUUUUAUUGGCUCUAACCUAUCUUCAUUAAAAUGGAAUUAUACAUAGAGAUCUUAAACCUGAAAAUUUAGUAUUGGAUGAAGAUGGUUAUAUGAGAUUAACAGAUUUAGGGAUAGCUAGAAUGAAUAAAGGAAAUAAUGCUGGAGAUACUUCAGGAACACCUGGUUAUAUGGCUCCAGAAGUCAUGUGUAGGAUGGAUCACUCUGUUGUAGCUGAUUAUUAUGCAUUGGGUGUUAUUACAUAUGAAUUAAUGUUGGGAAGAAGACCAUAUAAUGGAAGAACCCGAUAAGAUAUCAGAGAAUAAAUUCUAGCCAAAUAAGUUUAAGUUAAAAAUGAGGAAUUACCUUUAGGAUGGAGUGAAAAUUCUCUUGAUUUUGUGAAUUAGGUAAAAUCUUUAUAUUAAUGUUUAGUUAAUUCUAAGAAAACCUGAGAGGAGAUUAGGUAGCAAUGGAAUUGAAGAAAUCUUACAUCAUCCUUGGUUAAAAGGUUAUCCAUGGGAUGAUUUACUAAAGAAGAAGGUUUAAGCACUUUAUAUACCUGGGGUAUUAGUUCUUUUUAUCUAAAGGCUGUUGAUGACAAUUUCGAUUUUUAAAAUUAGAUUUCUGAAGAAACACAAUUAAAUGAUGAAUAAUUAUUAGAAAAUUAAACUCUUUUAAGAAGAGAUACGGUUCAAUGUAUAAUAAAUGAAUAAAUAAAUUAGCGUUAUUUGAAGGAUAUCAUUAUGACAUAGAACUAAAGAAUAUUUAACAUCAAUAGACAUAAAAGAAUCAUUCACAAAGAAAAUCAUAACCUGUUUCUCCUGAAAAAAAAGUAUGA